AUGCCACCUACACCCGUUAUACCCCAACCACCCCGUGCACGCCGUGCACGCCCCGCGGCCCGUGCCGCCAUCGGCACACAAACCGCCGCCGAUCUGGCCCCCCUCCCCAGAACCCGCGGCCCCCCAAACCCCAACAACCGCAUCCUCUUCAUCUUCGUGCACAUGGAAAAAGACGAAGACGCCCCCCACAAAUGGACCAUCUGCUUCGCCCCAAGCGACCUCGCCCCGGGCCAAUGGGAAACAAUGUCCAUCCACAACGCGAACGACGGCUCACCGCUAACACUCGAACACGGCACGCUGCAAAACGACGCAAUCAUGCGCUACGACUCGUACUCCAGCGUGCACCGGAUCUGCGAGUACCCGAUCCUAACCCACGAGCGCCUCAAACAAGCCAUCACCAACUCCGUGAACUUCACAAUCCGCGACCCCGACCGGACGGCGUGGCGGCGCCCGUUCACGCGCGUGCUGCGCGAGUGGGGCUGGAUCCCCAGGAUAGUAAUGCGCAUCCUCAACCGCGUGCUGGUGCUGCGCGCCGAAGCGGCCGGGUACGCGCGGCGCGUCCCCGGGGGCCGCCACCACGUCUGGACGAACCUGCGGCGAAGCCGCGUGAUCAAUCGGAUCCGGGCGGAGGAGCGCGAGCGCGAGCGCCGCGAGGAGCAGGAGGAUAUGGUGCGGUGGGGGGAGAUCCCUGCGCCUGGUGCGGCUGCGGCUGCGGCUGGGCCUGCGAACGGGGGGUCCGAAGAGGGGAGUGAAGAGGUGGAGGACCACUGGGCGGAUAUACGCGCGGAAGCGAGGCGGAUGCGGGAUGGCUUUCUGAGGGCAAGGCGUCGGGACUUGGAGCUGGAGGGGGAUUAUGAUGAGGAGGGGGGCGAGUAUGACGACUUCGGGGACCUCGAUGAUGAUGAGUAUGAGGACAACGUUGUUAACGUCGACGUGGCCGAGGAGGACCUCUUGGACCUCGAUGCUAUGACCAGUGAGGAAGUCAACGCGCUGCAGCCCGGUGCUUAUCGGACUGUUCGGGGCGGGACUGUUCAUAUUCGCCCGAUCCGUGAUGAGUUUCUGGACUAA